AUGGUCUUGAAAGGAAUAUCACCCGUCAUCUCGCCGGACCUCCUCAAGGUCUUGGCUGAGAUGGGUCACGGCGAUGAGAUUGUGCUCGCCGAUGCGCAUUUCCCUUCUCAUUCUAUUUGCCCGCCUCAAGUGCCCGUUCUUCGGGCUGACGGUAUCACAGUUUCGAAGCUGCUGGCGGGCAUCUCGCCGCUGUUUGAGCUGGACACCUACGGCGUCGUGCCGGUCAUCAUGAUGGAGGUGGUCAAGGGCGAUACAGCCGACGCGAGUGUCGAGAGCGACUUCAGAUCAUCUCUCACAUACGAUGGAGAAAUUGAGAAGCUGGAGAGGUUCGCCUUCUACGAAAGAGCCAAGAAGGCUUUCGCGGUAGUAGCAACCGGCGAAACCCGAAAGUACGGAAAUAUUAUCCUCAAGAAGGGUGUCAUUCCGAUCGAAUAG